CAGAGUAAACAAGAGAUCCAUAGAUCUACUCCCUCCCUCCCUGUAACAAACAAUUUAAUGCAUGUAACCGCCCUCUCUCUCUCUCACACACACACCCACCUAUACAUACAACCUAUACAUACACACAACACUCACACUUUCUGUUAAAUAACGACGAAAAAAAAUAUAUAUAUAUUAUUCAUUGAUUCUCAUAAAAUAAUACACACACUAAAAAUCCUUUUUGAUUUCUGCAAGUCAAAAUCCGCUGACUGACUUACUCUCUUUUACUGUUUCUGUUUAUUCAUCAAACUUCUUCAACUUUUUCAGUAUAUUGUGUGAUAUGGAAAAUAAUCAGUUGAAUAUUGGCCGGCCACUUUUGUCGGUGAGGCGGGUUCCAGCCUCACCGAAGAAUGAGUAUAAAAGAAACGAAAAUCGGGUUCCAGUUAGGCCAAUGAUGGAAUCUUGUUUAAGUAAUUUGAAUGUAGAUCCAAUGAUGAACACAGGGAGUGUUCCUUUUGGGUGGGAGCAUAGUCCUGGAAAACCCAAGAAUAAUAAUAAGCAAGUUCAGAAAAAGGAAGACUCUCCUGGCCUUCCUAAGCUUCCUCCUGGUUGGUUUUUUAAACCGAAAAAGAAAGAGUUGGAUAUUAGCGUGCCUACGUUGACUAGGUUUGAAAGUGUGGCAUCAGUGUCGAAACAAAGUUCUGAUUCGAUGAAUGAUCAUGGUGAUGAAGAUAACGAUGCAGAUGAUGAAAGUGAAACGUUUAUGGAUGCACUUGAUACACUUUCAAGGGGUGAAACGUCUUUUUAUAAUUGUAGUGUGAGUGGUGUAAGUGGAACUGGGUCAGAAGUGAAACCGUCUGGGAUUCGUCCGGAUGAUCCAAAACUGCGUGAAUUCAUGAUGGGUCGGUUUAUUCCUGCUGCAAAGGCGAUGGUGACAGAUGUUCCUCAACAUACUUUCAAGAAACCCGUUGUAAAAGAGAUGCCACGAGAGGUCAAGAAGUUAGUGAAUGUGGAUAGUGAGAAGCAGCAGCAGCAGCUUAGAUAUGGACCUAACUUUUUGGAGGAUGUUGCUCAUGAUAAAGAAAAAGUUGAUUCUGAUAGUGAUUCUGAUUAUCAUGAACAUGGAAAUCACUCGUUUAAAUUUUGUGGACUAAUACCCAGUUUUCGUUCUUCAAAUCCUGUUCAUGGAAUGUGUAUGAGGACAAAGAUACCGAUGUCUCCUGCUAGUAGAACUCAGGCUAGCUCAUCUACUUUUAGCUCUUUCAGCGGAUCUGAUAAUGAGCCUGCCAGGAUGGGAACAUAUGAACAUAGGUCUUUCAAUAUUGUUUCGAAGAGUGAGUCCCUUGAAACCACAAAACUGGAAGGAUCAAAGCUUUAUAAUCGGCUGCAGGGAUCUGACGUUAGUCGUAGUGAACCUCUUCGAUCUACUCUUCCUAAACAGAACAGCUCAUAUUCAGUGAAGAAAGGCUUAACCUUUAAAGAGUUACUAGAUGGUCAGAACGGGAAGGAAACUGAUUGCCAAGAUAUGAUAGUUGAGAAGACCCUUUAUGUGGAUACUGUGCAAGUCGUUAAAUCACCAAAUGGAUAUUCGCCUUCAUCAUUUAGUAAACCGCAGUCCAACUCCAAUGGGUCGCUGGAAUCAGAUAUGCUUGCUGAUGAAUCACCACACAGUUUGAAAACAAAAGCACAAACAAGCUAUUGGAAAGAUCCUGAAUAUAAUGCAGAAGUGGAUGCUGAUCAAGAUCUGAAAGCUUCUGAUAGCAAGCUAUUUGAACGCCCUGCAGCCCCUCCAUUGCCAAAAUCACCAUCAGACUCAUGGCUAGUGCGUACAUUGCCUUCUGUGUCUUCCAAAAGCACGCCUACGCGGUGGAACCCUCAUAGCCCAUCUCCCAGCAUAUCUGCCAGUGACCGGAGUACUGACAAAGACAAUGAGUUACCAUCUCCUCAGGGACCAUUGGAUCCUAUACCAGAAAGUUAGAUGAGUGGAUCUGCUGUUUCAAAUUGUUUCUUCUGUGCAUAUGUUUUGGCUGGGAAGUUCAUCAAAUCAAAUGACUUGGUGAUCAUAGAAUUAGUUGUUCUUUAUGGAUAUUAUACUCUCGUUUUGGUGGGCAUAUAUGAUUUUUUUCCCCCCCCCAUUUGUAGUUAAAAGGUGAAGAAUAAAGAAAUGUACAUUGUGGAGUUUCUUACAAAUAAAAUGGAAUGUACAUUGUAGAGUUUCUUACAAUAUAAAAGGAGUUCUGGCUA